AUGGGGGCUGUGGCGAGCGUGGUUUCAGCACAGCAGAAGGUUAUUGAGGACGGCAGGCGCCUCGCCGUGCUGCCGGCCAGUGCUGGGGAUCCUCCAGGAGGAGUGCGUGGAGGCCCACCGACAAGCCCUGGGAACACGGCUUGCUCCUUCACAGUCACGCAAGUUGCUGGCAUGGACAACUCCUCCCAGUGGCAUGUGCCCUUUAACUCCACCAAGCAUUUUCUCCUCCCCAUCUACAGCCUUGUGCUUGGUGCCGGGCUGCCCCUGAAUGGCCUGGCCCUCUGGGCCCUGCUGUCCCAGACUAGCACGUCGGUGCUCUUCACCUACAUGCUGAACGUGGUGGUGGCCAACCUGCUGCAGCUUCUGACGCUGCCCUUCUGGAUCGACUACAGCCGCCAGGACCACGUUUGGUCUUGGGGUAGCACCACCUGCAGAGGGGUGGGCCUGACCUUCCUCACAGCCCUCUAUGCCAAGAACGGCUUCCUCUGCCUCAUCGCCAUGGAGCGCUACCUGGGGCUGGUCCAUCCACUGCGCUUCCGGGGCCUGCAGACGGCACGCAGCGCAGCCGGGCUGUGCCCCAGAGAGAAGCGCUAUGCUGUGUUCAGGACAGCUGCCGGAGUCCUCUCCUUCUUCCUGCCCUGCUUCUUCAUGACCUUCUUCUACCUCCGCGGCCUGGGGAAGCUCAAGGAAGUGACCACCCUCAAUGGGAAAGCCAAGAGGAAGAUCACUCGGUUCAUCGCUUGCAUGAUCAUUGCCUUCUAUCUGCUCCAGGUCCCUUACCAGGCUACCUCCUACUCCAAGUUCAUGGCACAGCUGCUGCUGGAGAACAGCUGCUCCUUCGAGGGGUAUCUCUUCACCUACGACCGCCUGGCACUGGGCCUCACCACCAUCAGCGAUGUGGCCGACCCCCUCCUCUACAUCCUGCUCCUCAAGGACGUGCGAGAGGCGCUUGCCAAGCGCCUGGUGUGCUGGGGCAGCACCCCAGCGAUGGGGGGGGGGCACCAGGGCCCAGUGCCAGCAUGUACCACAGUGUGA